AUGAAUGAGUGGCAGCAACUACGACGAUGUCUUCCGCGUUUACGUCAACAACAACAUCUUCGUUCGUCAGUCCUGUUGGAGGUGUGCCGAACGAUGAGGAAGUGCUGUGCUCCGCCGUCCCGCUACCCGAACCUGUCGAAAGCUAGUACAAGAGCUUUUUCCACGAAGGAGCGCCUAGCCACGAGACAACCCGUGGGGGCGUCCUCUCUGUCGUUCAACGAUUCAUCCAGAAGCGGUUUCUACUACUACCGCUGCGUGUUUACAAAGACCACCGGUCCUCUCGGGACCACCGCAGCAAGAGGGGGAAUCCCGUCGGGAAUUCUUUUUCAACUGUCACGCGCCAUGUCAGCGCUAUCUGUAGGAACAGCUCCCGGCGGUACUGCCGCUACGAAUGUAGUUUCGUCCAUUCAGAAACUCCCUGCCUCCAAGGCGCGAGCCCUCGCUGCGGUCGCACAGAUGACAACGACCUCGGAUCACGAGCAAAAUUUCCAGACGGCAGAAGCGCUCGUGAAACGCGCAAAGAAGGAAAAUGCGUCCAUGGUGUUUUUUCCCGAGGCGUUCGCGUUUCUCGGGAAUCACUUCACGGAGACCGUCGCGCAGGCGGAGCCGAUUUUUCCGGGCGAUUUUUGCGAUACUACAAGAACCGGCGCACGAAAUGAUAAUAACGGCGACAUCCCAGCACUCCCAGAGCCAGAGGAUCUUUUUACGGAUGGACCAGUAGCAUCGUCAGCAUCUACUUCAACCGGCAAAGCCCGGUCAUCUUCCCUGCCAGACCGUCGCUGGCUUCCGAGAUACCUGCAGUUGGCAAAAGAGCAUGAAAUUUGGAUCAGUUUUGGUGGCUAUCACGAGCAGGCGGCGACAGACGAGGAACGGGACGACGAAAAAGCGGCGGCGGCGGAGCAGGGAAUUGUAGUAACUUCUGAUGGUAAAAGCAAAACCGUCAGUGGUAGUUCUGACACUUCUCAGAUUGUUCCUAUCCGCGUGUUCAACUCUCACCUCAUCGUGAACAGCGAGGGCAAGAUCGUCGCGCGGUACCGCAAGAUCCACUUGUUUGAUGUGAGCAUUCCGAACGGUCCGGUAUUGAUGGAGUCGAGGUACACGCAACCCGGUAAAUUUGAGAAAGACAACCUUCUUGUCGUCCCGUCCCCCGUGGGGAACCUCGGGUUGACGACCUGCUACGAUUUGCGGUUUCCCGAGCUGUACACGGUUUUGCGGGAGGAACUAAACGCGGAAGUGAUGCUCGUCCCGUCCGCCUUUACCGUCCCGACCGGCCAGGCGCACUGGCACGUGCUGUUGCGGGCCCGGGCGAUCGAGACGCAGUGCUUCGUCCUGGCCGCAGCCCAGUGCGGAAAGCACAACGAAAAGCGGGCAUCGUACGGCCACGCGCUGGUGGUGAGUCCUUGGGGGGAAGUAUUGGCGGAUUGCGGAGGAGAACGAGAGAGAAAAGAAAAUGAAAACGUUGAAAACAAGGAAACGAGCAACACAACGCUAGUUGUGCCUCCUGUGUCUGUUUUCGCUUUUGAGUCCAAACUUGCUCUUGUCGAGAUUGAUACACACGAAUGCGACAAAAUACGCGAAAAAAUACCCGUGUUCAUACAUCGAGACACCGCUGGGAUUUAUGCGCGACGUAAAGAUAUUUUUGAGCCAAGAAGCGCAUAGUGCAAUAAGUAGUAACGGCGUCCUGCGCCGGCGCCGGGGCCAGCAUUACUUUCGCUUUAAGAAGCACAAUCCUUCACGUAGCUGCCACGCGCUACAGAACUACCUUUCGAAGCACUGCAGGAAAAAAAGAGACUCGGUGUUCGUCAGAAAUCACCGAAAACAGAAAAGCAAAAGUUGUGAAGCAGGCUCCUCGGUUACCUCGUAGAUAUUCCUCUUGACAAAAAGUAAAAGAAAAAGAUCGGUCCUGGUCGCACAACGAGAUAAUCAACGCCCUUACACGUACAAAAACUACAAAAGUGUUGACAUCUGCUAUCGGUCGAACCUCGUACACACAAAGAAAAAAAUUCGUUCGGGGCCUCGUCCGGGGUGAAGCAUCUAGUGAGAAACCACGCGUAACACGGCAAAAUUGACACAGUCAUCACUUUAACGUCGGUCUGCGUUCUUCCGUACAAUAUUGAAUCGUCCAAUAUCAAAUUGGUGGGGUACUAUGCCGUCCUAUCGAGAUUUAGAAUGGGAGAAAG